AUGACACGGAAUCGAGGGGUGCCUUUGAAUCCCCAGAGCACGCCCGAGAACCCUAAUCGAGUCUGGUACCCGGGCGACUUGAUGGCCACUUACUAUAGCCAGCGGGCUACCAAGGGAGGGUUGAUGAUCACAGAGGGCGUGCCGGUUUCACUUGAGGCCAAUGGAAUGCCAGGUGUUUGUGGGCUGUUCACUCCGGAACAAGCUGCCGGAUGGAAGAAGGUGGUCGACGCCGUCCAUGAAAAGGGUGGAUACCUGUAUUGCCAACUGUGGCAUGCUGGUCGAGCCACCAUCCCUCAAAUGACCGGUCGUCCCGCAGUGUCGGCCUCAGCUACGGUCUGGGACUCGUCCACAGAAUGUUAUUCGCACGUCCCCGUGGGGUACAAAGAGCCGGUCCGCUAUGCGGAUCACCCACCGAUUGAACUAUCGAUCCCGCAUAUCCAAAGUACUAUUGGUGACUACUGCAACGUAGCUCGGACGGCACUGGAUAUUGGGUUUGAUGGGGUUGAGGUCGUGGGACAUAACGGCUAUCUUCCAGAGCAGUUUCUGAGCUCGAGCAUCAACAAGAGGACAGAUGAGUAUGGGGGCACGGUGGAGAAGCGGUGCACAUUUGUGCUUGAACUGAUGGACGAGCUGGCAAAAACGGUCGGGGAAGAGAAUUUGGCGAUUCGAUUGACGCCUUUUGGUCUCUUCAACCAGGCCCGAGGAGAGCAAAGAGUGGAGACAUGGUCCUAUCUCUGUACGAGCCUCACAAAACAACAUCCUCGUCUAUCAUACAUCAGCUUCAUCGAGCCGACGCACGAGCAAUACUUCAGCGAAGCGGAAAAGAAGAGCUACCUUCGUAGCUGGGGAAUGGACGGGGUGACCCUCGAAGCCUUUCGUGCAAUCUUCGGUCAAACUCCGUUCUUCUCUGCGGGCGGAUGGGACGACAAGACCUCAUGGGGCGUGCUUGAGUCGGGCCAGUACGACGCCUUGCUAUAUGCUCGACUCUUUGCAAGCAACCCCGAUCUAGUUCAUCGAUUGAAACAGGGGUUGCCACUGGCUAAAUUUGAGCAACAGCGAUUUUUUGGACCCUUCGAGGACAAUGUCCAAGGCUACAUUGAUUAUCCUACGGCGAAAGAACAGAGUCUGGAAAAACAAGUUCAACGAGAGCGCCUGAUCAUUAGGUAG